CAGCACAAGCCCACGUCCAUUCUGAUUGGGUAGCAGCAGGCAUUUGGAUUGGUUGGAAGGACGACAGGAAGAAGGCCCAGUGCUGGCUGAGCUGUGCCUGUGCCUACCAAGGGAGGAAAGAUGGCCAAAUGUGAACCCUGCGAAAGAAAUUAUGACAACAUGGUAAAAAUGCUUGAGGAUCUGAAUAGGGAUUUAGAGAAACUACUGGAAGACAUGGAAAAACUAUCAGUGCAGGCUACGUGGAUGGCUUAUGAUAUGGUGGUGAUGCGUGCUAACCCAGAUUUGGCCAACUCAAUGAGACGGCUGGAAGAUGCCUUUCUCACCUGUAAGGAGGAAAUGGAGAAAAACUGGCAAGAAAUGUUGAAGGAAACGAAAGGUGCUGAACAAAAGCAAGAAUGAAUGGCUUCUAAAUUCCUUGUAGAAAUGUCAGCCUUGGAAGAAUUGAUCUUGACCAAUCACUUUGUUCAGUGGUUAUUUAAAAAUUCAUUUUAAAGAUAUCUGUCUGAAGUGUUUCUAUAUCAGAUUUUCUAUUGGAAUGAAAAUGUAUAGGUGCAUAUUUUUACCAUGUAUCAACCCCUGAGAGAACAGUAGACAUGUUUUGAUUUGUCUUAAUUGUCCUAUAAAACUAAUCCCCCAGGAGUGAGUAAGAUGAGGAGGUACAGCUGCAUGUGAAGCAAUUGAUGGCUUAAUCUUAUACAUAUUUACACAAAAGUAAGACCCUUGACUUCACAGAGCUUACUCCCAAUCACAUGUGUAUAUGAUUGCAACCAACAUUCACAAAUGGGGAAGAAAAUGAGAGUAGCUUCUACUUGUCCACCAGAUGGCACUCAUGUACAAAUAAGAUCAGCUCUAGGAAAGCAAGUCCCUGCUUUCUACCAAUGAACAGAUUUUAUUUUCUGGAAAUAUUUAGAAAUAAAGCCAGACAGACAGCGAAAGAAUAUGGGAACUCUCCCAAAGACAACAUUUUACUGUUCUCUAAACCAACUACCUUUCUAAUGCAGCAGUGGUAUGUGCCCAUUAUGAAAGCAUAGUAGAAGCAAGUAUCCAAUAAUA